AGGAGUGGGGGGAGUUCUUGCACUUGCCCGGGAAUAGGUUCUACGACUUUUCACAGAUUCGGAAGGAGAUUCAGGCUGAAACAGACAGGGAAGCUGGUGGGAACAAGGGUGUUUCAGACAAACAAAUUCGCCUGAAAAUAUUUUCACCAACUGUUUUAAACAUUACUCUAGUUGACUUGCCGGGAAUAACAAAAGUGCCGGUUGGUGAUCAACCAAGUGACAUUGAGACAAAGAUUAGAAAUAUGAUCUUAUCAUAUAUCAAACAUGAAACUUGCAUCAUAUUAGCGGUUUCACCAGGAAAUGCAGACCUAGCAAACUCUGAUGCACUGCAGAUGGCCAGGAUUGUUGAUCCAGAUGGUUCCAGAACAAUUGGUGUAAUCACAAAGUUGGAUAUCAUGGACAAAGGUACCGAUGCUCGCAGACUUCUAUUAGGAAAUGUCAUCCCUCUUAAACUUGGCUAUAUUGGUGUGGUAAAUCGCAGUCAACAUGAUAUCAAUGAAAACCGAUCUAUCAAAGCUGCACUCGCCUCUGAAGAGAGCUUUUUCCGCCGUAAUCCGGUGUAUAAUGGUCUUUCUCAUUGUUGUGGAGUUCCUCAAUUAGCCAAGAAGCUGAAUCAGAUUUUAGUUCAACAUAUCAAAGCAGUGCUACCAGGAUUGAAAUCUCGGAUAAAUGCUCAAUUAGUCACCGUAGCAAAGGAACAUGCUGCGUUUGGUGAUGUUGCAGAAUCAAAGGCUGGCCAGGGAGUGAAACUUCUGAACAUCCUUGCAAAAUAUUCUGAAGCAUUUUGCUCAAUGGUGGAAGGCAAGAAUGAAGAAUUGUCAACAGCAGAGCUUUCUGGUGGAGCCCGAAUUCACUACAUUUUUCAAUCAAUAUUUGUGAAGAGUUUGGAGGAAGUUGAUCCUUUUGAGGAUGUGACCGAUGAGGAUAUCCGCAUGGCAAUUCAAAAUGCUACUGGCCCUAGAAGUUCUUUAUUUGUGCCAGAGGUGCCAUUUGAGAUUCUUGUACGGAGGCAGAUAGGUCGUUUAUUGGAUCCAAGCCUUCAAUGUGCAAAAUUUAUCUAUGAUGAGUUGAUUAAGAUGACACACCGAUGCUUAUCUAAUGAGCUGCAGCGCUUCCCUGUCCUUCGGAGGGCCAUGGAUGAGGUAGUUGGUAAAUUUUUACGAGAAAACCUUCAACCUGCAGAAGCAAUGAUAACCCACAUUAUCCAUAUGGAGAUGGACUACAUAAACACAUCACAUCCAAAUUUCAUUGGUGGCAGAAAAGCUGUAGAGAGUGCACAGCAAGUAAAAUCUUCCAAGUCAGCAGCAUCAUUGCCCAGAUCUAAGGAUGGGCUAGAUACUGACAAACUUCAGGCAUCUGAAAAAACUCAGAAGUCUCGAGCCAUUUUAGGUAGAUCCGGUGCGAAUGGUAUUGCUCCUGAUCAGGGCAUUCGACCUGUUGUGGAUUCUGAGAGACCAGCUUCUUCUGGAGCCUCAGCGGGAUCAAGUUGGGGUAUUUCAUCAAUUUUUGGUGUUAAUGAGAAUCGUGCACAUCCAAAAGAGAGCUCAGUAAACAAGCCCCACCCUCUGUCUGUAAGCAACAUGGAGCAUUCACUCUCAUCCAUCCAUUUAACAGAGCCACCUAUCAUCUUGAAGCCUUCAGAAAAUCAGACAGAGCAGGAAGUCAUGGAGAUAGCAAUCACAAAAUUGUUAUUGAAAUCAUAUUAUGAUAUUGUGAGGAAAAAUAUUGAGGAUUCUGUUCCUAAAGCAAUUAUGCACUUCCUGGUUAAUCAUGCAAAAAGGGAGUUGCAUAAUGUUUUUAUUAGGAAACUUUACAGAGAGAAUCUUUUCGAGGAGAUGCUCAAGGAACCCGACGAUAUAGCUGCCAAAAGAAAACAUAUUCAAGAGACACUCCGAAUUCUGGAACAGGCUUAUAGGACUCUAGAUGAGCUACCCCUUGAAGCUGAAACUGUUGAGAAAGGAUAUAACCUGAUGAAUGAUUCAACUGGGUUGCCAAUGGUUGAAGGCCUGCCUUCCUCUUUCUAUGCCUCCCCCAAUGACUACAGUUCACCAUACACAGCUUCUCCUCGAAAUCCUAGAUUGAGGAAAUCUUCAGGCCAUUCUGCGGAGCAACCUUCAUCGUUCUAUACAAACUUGAGUGGGAAUGGGUUUUAGUCCUUAUUCCACAAUUGAAGCGUGAGAACUUGAAGUUAUUAUAUUAUGCAAUUAUGUCUUUUUCGCUUGAGAAAGCUUGUGAUCCAUUGAUUUGCUCCGUUUGAGGUCUUAUAUUCACUAAUGCCUUCCUGUUGAAGAUGAGAGAGCUGAAGCUCAGAACAACUUUGUGGGCCUGACGUUCACUGGAAGUUACAUGCUUUGAUUUGGAUUCGAACAGCGGAGUCUAUUUACUAACCCUUGCUCGAUGGUGCUUUAUUUUUGGCAGUUUCAAACUAUUAGUAAAAAAUUCUUGCAACGUUUUAGCAAUGUAGUAUGUUAUAUAUGCGUCCGCAAUAUUAUUUAUUCAUUUUCUGAAAUAAUGGGUCUACAAUUGGAUUUUUGUAACA